AUGGGCCGAGAGUUAUCCAACGUGUACCGCCACUUCCAACGCAAUCUGCAAGGAGAUUUGGCACCGAAUCCCGUGGGGCGGCCACCUGCCCUGUCGGCGGCCCAGGUGGACAAGGUGGUCGAGACCACCGAGGCCAUGGUUGUGGCUGCCGACGGCAAGUACCAGGUCACGGCCUUGAUGGUUCGAAACGCCCUGAAGCUGAAGUGUUCCGUCAAGAGGGUUCAGGAGGCGCUGCGCAGCCGCGGGGUACGCUUCCGCCCCAAGCGCGAGAAGCCCAUUCGCACUGUCGAUGACGAGAAGGACCGGCUGGCCUUUGGAAAUCGGCACGCCAAGAAGCCCCCCAGCCUCUGGGUGAGUGGGAUCCAUGCGCAUUUGGAUGACAAGAUAUCCCCGUUCUACCCGAAUGGACAGGGCCGCGCAUACGCGGCCAAGAGGGCUGCUCGCGGCACUUACCGCGCCAAGGGCAAGGGCUUGGCGAAGGGCCACGUGAAGCCUCGUAGAUCGUUGAAGGUCCUCUUUGGUAAGGGCGUCAACGUGGCCGUCGCCAUCUCCGCGAAGAAGGUUCUCAUGUGCCACGUAGUCCCCAAGCAGUGGAACGCCGCGGAGGCGUCGACGAUGUACUCGAAGUCCUUGUCGCCAGCGCUGCGCCGUGCGUGCUCCGGCAAGACGCGCUUCCUGGUUUUGGAGGACAACGACCCCUCGGGGUACAAGUCCAAGAGUGCAGUGCAGACCAAAGUCGCUCAUUCUAUCGAGGUGCUGCCUUUUCCGAAGCGCUCGCCAGACAUCAGCCCGUUGGAUUGCGGCUUCUGGGACUGCGCCAACCGCCGCCUCCGCAAGCAGGAGGCCGCGUAUUCGUCUGCUAAGAAGGAAACCAGGGCCGAUUUCGUGGCGCGCCUCAAGAGGGCUAUCCAGCGCGUGCCCGAGGCCAUCUUGACGCCACUGGUGAAGUCCAUGGGCCGGCGUUGCAAGGCCCUCCAGCGGGCGAAGGGGGAAGACUUCGAGGAGUGA